GUGGGUGCCGGAACGCAGACCCGAUGCGCGUGCCGGAGCUGGCGCAGGGGAUCCGAACUGGCGAGUUCAAGUCACCUGGGAUGGCAAGUGCUGCCAGGAGCGCGCCGGUGCGAGUCGCCGCAGCCUGCAGCCAGCUGCUGUUGCCGCCGCCGCUCGGUCGUGGGCUAGCGCGCAGGAAAACAGAAGUGUCAGCGGAGGACUAUAAGUGCUAUGUGAUUGGACGAAGGUGGCCACAGAAUUUCACCUGCCCAGCACAUAUUCUCUCAUCCUCUCCUCCUCUGCCUUCCUUGGGAGGGAGAAAUCAGAAGGAGUGGGGAUGCAGUUCAGAGAGCAGAGGAGAAGAGAAGAAAAGAAGGAAGAAGGAAGAGGACUAGGGUUGGGUGGGGGGAGGACACCAAUGGGAAGAGGGACAGAUCAACUCUAUACACAAAAGUAAAUCAAAACACCAAAAACAGGGGUCUACGUAAAGAAGCCUCUUCCCGUGAAUUGCUCAUUGCAUAGCUGCAGGGAGGCUGUUUAGGGGCAUAGAGAAUGAAAACAUACCUGUAUUUUGGUGUAGGGAAAUUGUUUCUGUCAGUUCACACCGUCCACACGCCACCUCCCACCCCAACCCUGCCACUACCAAAUUCCUCUAAAUAAAAAUAAUUAUGAGAUACAGGCCAACAAAAACGUCAGCGUUAGGCUGUUAUUUAGAGAGAAUUGGAAAGCGUUUGGAUGUGUCCCUGUUGUUUAAUAAAUGAUAACAAUGAUUA